GUCCCCAGGACAGGUGCCAAAGCUACACAGAGAAACUCUGUCUCGAAAAAACAAACAAAAAGGUAACUAAGGGGUAGUAUGGUAGGCACAGGAUGUUCUCUCCCUGAGCUGCAUUCAUCAGAACCACCGAUACAGGGCAGCCAGCCACACAGAGGAUGCCAGGGCAUGUUGAGAAUGGGGGUCGACACUGAAGACUCCCCUAAAGGCUUGUAGUUUCAAAUGUUAUCGGAGGCUUGCUUCUCGUGAGAUAUCAGGUCUGUGGCUACAGAGCUGGCCAGGCCCAGGCAAAGGAUGCUGGGAUGGGGUGGAUAAGGGACACAGGAUGGGGCAGCUGCCUCUGGAAGCCACCAGACUGUCCCCAGCUGCAGCAAGGGUAGAGGAUCAGGUGACAGUCCCCUAACCCAGCCCCGGAACUAACACCCUCCUCCUCUUCACACAGGCACCUUGGCCGGCCUGCCCCUCCAGCCUGUCAAAGCUCGGAAUAACCCCGAGAACCAGACAGCAGGAUGGCAGGGGCUCUGCUCAGCGCCCUGCUUCUCUUGGCAUUUCUUGGCAGGGGCCAGAGCAAGAACGAUGAACUGAACCUGUAUCACCAUCUCUUCAACAAUUAUGACCCAGGAUCCCGGCCAGUUAGAAGGCCUGAGGACACUGUUACCGUCACCCUCAAGGUCACCCUAACCAACCUCAUCUCACUGAAUGAGAAGGAGGAGACCCUGACCACCAACGUCUGGAUCGGAAUUGACUGGCUGGACUACCGGCUCAACUUCAGCAAGGCCGAUUUUGCAGGCAUAGAAACCCUGCGGGUCCCUUCAGAAUUUGUAUGGCUGCCCGAGAUUGUUCUGGAAAACAAUAUCGAUGGGCAGUUUGAAGUGGCCUACGCCUGCAAUGUUCUGGUCUACGAGGGAGGCCUCGUGAGCUGGUUGCCCCCGGCCAUCUACCGCAGCACCUGCGCAGUGGAGGUCACCUACUUCCCCUUCGACUGGCAGAACUGCUCUCUCAUUUUUCGCUCCCAGGCCUACAGUGCUGAAGAGGUGGAGUUCGUCUUUGCAGUGGAUGACAACGGCAAGACCAUCGACAACAUUGACAUCGACACGGAAGCUUUUACUGAGAAUGGAGAAUGGGCCAUCGACUACUGCCCAGGCAUGAUUCGCCACUAUGACGGAGGCCCUGCAGGAGUCCCUGGAGAAACUGACGUCAUCUACACGCUCAUCAUCCGCCGGAAGCCGCUUUUUUACGUCAUUAACAUCAUCGUACCUUGUGUACUCAUUUCUGGCUUGGUGCUGCUCGCUUACUUCCUGCCUGCUCAGGCCGGUGGCCAGAAAUGCACGGUCUCAAUCAACGUCCUGCUAGCCCAGACUGUCUUCUUGUUCCUAAUUGCCCAGAAAAUUCCAGAGACAUCUCUGAGCGUGCCACUACUGGGCAGGUAUCUUAUUUUCGUCAUGGUGGUUGCCACGCUCAUUGUUAUGAAUUGCGUCAUCGUGCUCAACGUGUCUUUGCGGACGCCGACCACACACGCCACAUCCCCUCGGCUGCGCCAAGUAAGCGCUGGUUGAGGGAAGGACAGCCCAGGGUGGGAGGCGGGCUUGGAACUUACCUCUGCCCUGGCCACAGAUUUUAUUGGAGCUACUGCCACGCCUCCUGGGCUCGAGCUCCCCCCCAGAGGCUCCCCGAGCUGCCCCACCCGCGAGGCGAGCCUCGUCUGUGGGCAUUCUGCUCCGAGCAGAGGAGC